ACCAAAGUUUGGUGUUGCGUUAACACUUGAUAACUUCCCCUUUAGUCACGAACUAAAACCCUAGAUUCUUUUUUGUCACGGAACUGAACCCUCUAGGUUAGCGGAGACAAACGGGACUCGCAGACUUGCGUCUGUAGGCAUUUGAAUCUCUCUCUAUCUCUAUCUCACAAUAAUUUGAUUAUCUAAGUUUUCUGAGCAAAAAUGAAGGUUAUCGCUGCCUACUUGCUUGCUGUUCUGGGCGGAAACACCAGCCCUUCUGCCAACGAUUUGAAGAACAUUCUUGGAUCAGUUGGGGCUGAUGCUGAAGAUGAUAAAAUUGAGCUGCUGCUAUCUGAAGUUAAGGGUAAAGAUAUUACAGAGCUGAUUGCAUCUGGAAGGGAGAAGCUUGCUUCAGUGCCUUCUGGUGGUGGUGCAGCCAUUGCAGUGGCUGCAAGUGCUGGUGGCGGCGGGGGUGGUGCAGCACCUGCUGCGGAUGAGCCAAAGAAAGAAGAGAAAGUGGAAGAGAAAGAGGAGUCAGAUGAUGACAUGGGCUUUAGUCUUUUCGACUGAGGGAUUCUGAUGCUGGUCUUUGUGUAGGAAGCCAAUUGCUUCCCAUUUUAUAGCACUUGGGCUGAAGUUUUGGUCAGCGGGAGGGUUAUUUUAUCAGAUGUUUAGAGGGUUUUGUUCUUUCCCUGUUAAUUAGAAAGAUAGGAAGAUGUUGCCUGAUAUUCAGUAGGUUGAUUUCUUUAACUUGAAUUCCUAUAUAUCGUUUGAUUUGCCAUAAGAUAUUAUUGUGUUUCCUCUGCUCAUGAUACAAUAUUAGGCUUUUACUGACUCA